AUGGCGGCGGCGGCGCUGCGGUCCCGGGGCGGCGGAGCGGUCCUGGCGACGCUGCUGCGGCCCCGGCGUGGCUACAACAGCACCUUCCGGGCCUCGGAGCUGGAGCUGGAGCGCUCGGGGGCCCCCGGCACCCCCCCGGCCCCCCAGGAGCUGGUGUUCGGGAAGGUUUUCACCGACCACAUGCUGAUGGUGGAGUGGAGCCGGGAACGGGGCUGGGGGCGCCCCAAAAUCCGCCCCUUCCAGGAGCUACGGCUGCACCCGGCCUCGUCCGCCCUGCACUACGCCGUGGAGCUCUUUGAGGGGCUCAAGGCUUUUCGGGGUGAUGACGACAAAAUUCGGCUUUUCCGCCCCGACCUGAACAUGGAGAGGAUGCAGAGAUCAGCCCGCAGGGUCUGCCUGCCCGUGAGUGGGGUGUCCCCCCGAAAAAUCCCAAAAUGGGGUGUGUUUGGGUUUUUUGGGGGUGCCCCAAGCUGCAGCCCCCCCACUCCCCGCAGGAAUUACGGGCCAUGCCUGGAGCUGCAGGAGGAGGCGCGGGCCCGCGGGUGUCACCAGGUGCUGUGGCUUUACGGCCCCGAGUGCCACCUGACCGAGGUGGGCACCAUGAACCUCUUCGUCUUCUGGGAGCGCCCGGACGGGGGGGUGGAGCUGGUGACCCCCCCCCUGGACGGGCUGAUCCUGCCCGGGGUGACCCGGCAGAGCUUCCUGGAGCUGGCCCGGCAGUGGGGUGAGUUCGAGGUGCGCGAGGCCCCCCUGCCCAUGGACAGCGUUUUGGGGGCGCUGCGGGGGGGGCGGCUGCGGGAGAUGUUUGGGGCCGGCACCGCCUGCGUCGUCUCUCCCGUGGGGGAGAUCCUGUACCAGGACAAGCUGCACCCGGUGCCCACCAUGGAGAACGGCCCCAAAGUGGCCAGGAGGUUCCUGCAGGAGCUCAGCGACAUCCAGGUGACAUUUGGGGAGGGGGUCCCCAUCCCGGGGGGGGGCCUGGGGCAGCCCCGUGUUGGGGAGGGGCGGAAUUUGAGGAUCCCGGGACUGGAGCAUCCCGGGGCUCCUGGGAUCGUUGGAAUCUCGGGAUUCCUGGGGCUGGGAGGUCGCCGGGAUCCCGGUGUUGGGGAUGUCGGGGCUCUCGGAAUUUGGGUCUCCUGGAACUUGGGACUCCCGGUCUUGGGAACGUCGGGAAUCCCGGGAUUUGUGUCUCCCGGCACCGGGAAAACCGGGCACUCCCGGGAAUGGGGAUUCCUCGGACUCUCGGAGUUCAGGGAGCUCAGAAUUUUGGGCUCCGGGAAUUCGGGUCUCGUGAGCUCGGGGAUCGCGGGAAUCACGGGAUCUGAGGCUCCCAGAAUUCGGUAA